UCCAGCGUUGUGAACUCAACUUCAAAGGCACAAACAACUUGUUCUUUCAAUCCAAUUGGGAACCCAUUACUGCUCAGCUGGGAGGUGAACACACGGAGAUAUUUGCCUCUUUUCUUCGACUCCAAUUGGUUUUGUUCUUGGGUCCGUUAUUACGAACUGGUUUUCUAUUGGAAGCUGUGUAAAAAUCCGUUUGGGAGCUGAUUGUGUGCUGAUAGCCCGUCUAUAAUUAAACACACAUUCCACACACGAACGUCUUAUUAUAAACGCCACUUUUAUACACCGUAUACAGCGCACAAAGGCGAGCAAACCACGCGCACAGAGAAACAGAGAUCAACACAGACUAAGAUCAUAAGGGGAGAGUGUCGUGCCGUGAUGUCGUCGUCGAAUGCUACUGAGUUCAUGGCCAAUGAUGUCACGUCGAUCAAGACGCAAGUGAGCAAACCGAUGCUCGUGAAGCACUACAAGAAGAUCGGCAAGGGUGCCUUUGGUGUUGUCACCCAGGCCAAGUUGUUGGACAACGAUGGCUGGUUAGGCCCAUUUGCCAUUAAAAAGGUGCCUGCGCAAACAGAGUACAAGAGCCGAGAGUUGGAGAUAUUGAGAUUGACAAACCAUCCCAACAUUAUUGCCCUGGAGUACUUCUUUACGCAUAAGGGCCCAGAAGACAAUCAGGUGUAUCUACAUUUGGCGAUGGAGUGUCUCCCUGAAACCCUACAGACUGAAAUCCGUUACUACUAUUCGAGCAAGUUGGAAUUGCCCUUGAAACACAUCAAGCUCUACACGUACCAGUUGGCCAGAGGUAUGCUAUAUCUCCAUGCCUUGGGGAUAUGCCAUAGAGAUGUGAAGCCUUCGAAUGUUCUAGUGGAUCCUUCUAAGGGUAUCUUGAAGAUUUGUGACUUUGGCUCAGCAAAGAGAUUAGAACCUAGAAAACCUUCUGUUGCCUACAUCUGCUCACGUUACUACAGAGCCCCAGAGCUCAUAGUUGGGUGCCAAUACUACUCCACUCAGAUUGAUAUCUGGGGGUUGGGAUGCUGUCUUGCAGAGAUGUUGAUAGGUAUUGCUCUAUUCCAAGGCGAGGAUUCUCAAUUGCAGCUAAGAGAGAUAUCUAAGCUGUUGGGUCCUCCUGAUAAGAAGUUCAUCUUCAACUCCAAUCCUAAGUACGAUGGGCCUCUCUUUUCCAAGCAGUUGUUUAACGGGAGACCUUCGGCAAGAUUCCACAAGCUUCUAGGACACGCUGGUGAGGAUGGUGUGAAUCUACUGAUGAAUGUAUUGGUGUACGAGCCUCAAAAGAGAUUGAGUCCAAGACGUAUUAUGGCACACCCGUUCUUUGACGAUCUGAGAAUUGAUAACCAAUUUGUUCCAAGAGGUGCUACAGGACCGGUGCCAUUGCCAAAAUUGUUCAACUUUAGCCAUUUCGAGUUGGACGUCAUAGGUUCGUUAUUACCACAAGUUGGAGGUCCAGCAGUAACAAAUGCUCAACCUGGGGUUGAAGCUCAACAGGUAUGACGCUUCAAGAGACCCCAACGCUCUAAUUAUUCCCUAAUAAUUUUAACGGCAUCUGUUUUAGGCAAUACACUUUAAUUAAAUCCUAAUGAAACACCAUCGACACCGACAACAUCAACG